AUGAGCUCCGAUACUAGAGGAGAUAUUGACUCAGCCCUUUCAGUUCUCGAUGGUUGGAAGCCUAAUGACACGCACAAACGAACAGGCGAGGCAACUCUAGGGGUGGGUGGUCUCUUCACCCCUAGAGCAAGUGAAGAGCCAGACGCUUCCAGGACUGAAGGUGACCAGACAAGAGAUGAGGAGGCACGCCGAGCUGCAAACAAUGAUGUCGGUGAUUUCUCUACCUCAAGACGUCCGCACCCAGAUGAGGUAAAUGAUGACGUGAUUGAAGAUGUGCUAAAAUGUGGUGAUCAUGAGCAUCGCAAAAUCUUGGGAAUCAAAGACCAAUAUGAAAAUGCCUACGAGGAAGAGACAGCUAUCCUCGAUGCAGUUAACGAACGUGGAAAUCAAGCUAACCCUAAGUUUAGCACACACAAAGAUGCUGCAAAGGCCUUCGAGAAGAUCUUAGCUGCGGGUCGAGCACUGGGCGUUGGUGAUGAACAAAUUGAAGAAGUCAGGGAGUGGGACGGCGAUGAGGAGGACAACAACAAAGGAAUGGAUGGAGUUGAAAUGGAGUCUCCCGCUCCACACAAACUCAUCAUUAAGAUCUGGCAGCAAGCCACACCCGCCCUCGCCCAGCUGCAGAAAAAUCCCGCAUCUAAGGCGGCAGCCAAACAUCUGGAUGAACUAAAUGAUCAGAUUAGGAAACAAAAUGAGAAAGACGAAAUUGCGCCAGAUCAAUGGGUCAUCAAUUAUGCAGAGCUUGCUGAAGCAUAUCAGAAUGCUAGGCCAGCCAUUAAGCGCCUCAUCAAGAACCCAGAAGAUCAAGGUGCGAAAACGGAACUUGAAGGGCAUCAUAAUGUCUUAAAAGAAGUUAUUGACCGCCGUCGGUAUUUGGACUGGAACAUCAACUUGGACUUAUUCAAACCCUUACAAAGACAAGGUACCGCACAACCUGCUCAACCUACAACAGGUCAACCUGCACCUGCUGCUCAACCUGCACCUGCUGCUCAACCUGCACCUGCUCAACCUGCACCUGCUGCUCAACCUACACCUGCUCAACCUGCACCUGCUGCUCAACCUGCACCUGCUGCUCAACCUGCACCGGCUCAGACGUCAAUUCCUCCACAGCCAUUUUCUACCACGCAAGAACUUCCAGAGGCCGUGAAAAAGGUUCAAUCAGAGGUCUUGGAACUCUGGUUGAAGAUGGACUGGAGCACAUAUAAGACGAGUGAUGGAGAUACUAUUUUGUCCUACAAAGCUCUUUCAAGAGAGGGAAAAGAUCCCUACGGGUAUGAAUUCACAGUGAUGACCCAGGAGAGUCCUUACUUCAUGGUCAAAACCGGCUCCGAAAUUGGCAGCGAAAACAGGAACAGUUAUCUUGGCCUACCGAAUCCAUACCAGAGGAAAACUGAUCCAGGCGACCCAGAGACGCCGGUGUACACUUACAGGGACAAGGAUAAUUAUGUACGCUUGUUAUUCACUGCCACCAAACCACGAAAACAAACCGCGGUGGGGGGGAAGCCCAGAACCGGGGAUACGCAAUGUGCUGUUCUGUGGAAAGACGGCAAAGUUUCGGAAAUGGCUAGAGCCCACUUCAGGAAAGUAACGACCGAAGACGAAAAGAAGGCAAUUGAGAGAUGUUGCAAGGCCAUUAGCAUUCCGCCACCAUGGGAUAUAGACCCUAAGGGCAUCUUCGUGCCGACAGGUACCGAUCUGGGGCGGGAUCUUUUACACGGGGGGCGUACAGGUUCACUGAUUAACCUCAAGUCUUCUCCCACAAGCACAGCAUCCCACGAUGCCGCCCUUCAGGGAGUGGUGACUAGUCUGCAAAGUUCCAUGGUGUCACUUCAAGCAAGCCUACAAGCGAUGGAUUCCAAAGUUGAGAGAAACUUGACGGCGAUGGAUUCCAAAGUCGAGAGAAACUUGACAGCAAUGCAAGAGCAAAUCAAAAACCAACAAACCCUUCAAGGGCAAAUGCAAGUUCAAAUGCAGCAACAAAUGCAGCAACAAAUGGAAAUGCAGGCUAAAUUGUUGCAAUUCCUGAAUCAGUUCAACCCAUCACCCCAAAACUCAUCCUCUACAACAUAA